AGCCAAUAUUGAUUUGAUGUUCUGUUUCUGCUAUAGAUACUAGAGUGAGGUAGGGUACUAAAAGAAAAAAGGGGAAAGAAAUAAAAGAGAAAAGGAUGAAACUUUGCACUUGUUCCGUGAUUGUUGCUCUUGUAUUGGCUUCAAGCUAUGCUACUAGUACAACGGAGGAGAGCAGAAGGUUUGGACAGGAAACAAGAGAAGCCAAGAAUAACACUCAUCAACCCAGAGAUCUUUGCCGAAGACACCCUUGCAGAAAUGGAGGGACAUGUUUGACUCCAUGUGACACAUGUUCUCAUACAUGCAUUUGUCCUUCAGCAUUCACAGGGGGAAACUGUGAAGUGGCAAAAUGUUUUGAUGAAGCUCUCUAUGAAUAUUUUGAGAACGGAGAAACCUGGGGAAGGAUCUAUCAAGGGACAGUGCAACACUGCACUUGCAUUAAUAGCCUAAUUGAGUGCCAACGUGAACAGUACACAGAUUGCACCAUCAACCCAUGCCUCCAUGAAGCCUCUUGCAGGAGAACUGCCUUCACUAACAGGACUGUCUGUGGGUGCAGACAUACUUUUGUGGGGAAAUACUGCAAUAUUAUUCCUAGCCAAGAGUGCAAAUAUGGCAACGGAUUAAAUUACAGGGGCAUUGUGAAGAAGACAGUUUCUGGAAAUAAUUGUCUGCCAUGGAACUCAAAUUUGCUUAAUGCUGACUUUGUUGAAAAUCCUGUGCAGCUGGGACUGGGAGCACAUUCAUAUUGCCGAAAUCUAGAUGAUGAUGAGAAACCAUGGUGUUACUUCAUCAAAGACAACACAGUAUCUUGGGAAUACUGCAACAUUACAUCAUGUGGAUGGAAAGUUUCCCUCCCUGAGAGAUGCAUUAAAAAUUGGUUGUAUUUGAGAUUGAAUUACAUCUCCUCCCUGGAUGAUCAGCCAAGAUGGACAGGGAUCAAGAAAACAGAGAGCCGGGGAAGACGGCCACCACCACCAUCACCACCACCAGAAAUAUUAGAGGAGUUUGCUGUGGUCAGGAAUUCAUGUGGAAAGAGACAUAAGAAGCGGAGUUUCCUAAGACCUAGGAUUAUAGGUGGUUCUUCUGCUUUGCCAGGCUCCCAUCCAUGGCUGGCUGCUAUAUAUAUUGGCCAAGAGUUCUGUGCUGGAAGCCUUAUUCGUUCUUGUUGGGUUCUGACAGCUGCACAUUGUUUCGCUAGUAGCCCACUGAAAUCGACCAUUCGAGUUGUAUUGGGACAACAUUUUUUAAAUAAAACAACAGAUGUUACUCAAGAAUUUGAUGUGGAGAAAUACAUCCUGUUUCCUGACUACACAGUGUACAAGCCAACUGAAAACGAUAUUGCUUUAAUUAAACUGAAGAAAUCCAAGCAACGUUGUUCAGUUAAGUCCCAGUUUGUCCAACAAAUCUGUCUCCCAGAAAAGGGAAUGUCAUUCCCAGAUAAUUACAAAUGCCAAAUUGCUGGAUGGGGACACUUGCAUCAAAAUUCAUCCAACUACUCUCAUGUACUUCAAGAAACCUCUGUUCCAAUAAUCCCUGAUUACAAGUGUCAAAAUUAUGAAGUUUAUGGAGCUGAUAUUAGUGAAAAUAUGUUCUGUGCUGGUUUCCUUGAUGGCAGAUCAGAUGCCUGCCAGGGAGAUUCUGGAGGACCACUUGCUUGUGCAAAGGAUGGAAUUUCUUACCUGUACGGUAUUAUUAGUUGGGGCGAUGGCUGUGGCAAAGUCGGAAAGCCUGGGGUUUAUACAAAAGUCACCAAUUAUGUGGACUGGAUAAAUGAGAAGAUAAGCCCUGCUCCAAGGAAGACAACUAGCUCUUGACUGUGAUUAUGUAUUUUAUGUUUUGCUAACACUAUGAAGUAAUGUCAAAAAUAACUGUUUAUAAUGCUAAGAGUUCUUAUUAAAAAGCAAAAUGCU